AUGUUCUUUAGAUUCAUCGGCAUUUCCCAAAUUGCGUCACACUUCAUGGCUGGUCUGAUUUUAGGGCCACAACUGUUCGAUCUUUUGGAGAAAUCGUCAGAAAAACUAUCCUCAGAUCCUGCGUUGGAUGGAAGCGCGACGUUAAGAGGCGUCGGAGUAUGUGGAAACAUUUUACUUACCUUCUUAAUGUCAGUUAGAAUUAGCCGUCGAUUAGCAUUCAACAGCGGGCCGUUACCAAUCGUGAUAGGGGUCUCGACCUUCAUCGUGCCACUCUUCGUCGGCUUAUGUUUCAGGAACCUCUACACGGACAACAUAGACCCUUACUACAUGCCACCAAAGAAAGUCCUCGCAGAACGCACCGUGAUGAUCUCAAGCCAAUCUUCUAUUCUCUUGCCCACGGUGACUUUUAUCUUGUUGGAGCUCAAGAUCCUUAACUCGGAGCUUGGUCGCCUUGUUUUGUCUGCAUCCAUGAUCAACGACGUUCUUGGGAUAAUUGUAAGCAUACUCGCUUAUUGUGCAGGAACGUACAAGAACGUCUCCCCAGCGACGGCGUAUCGUGACUUCAUAGCAAUUAUCAUUUUCUUUCUAGUAGUCUUUUUCAUUUUUAGGCCGGCCGUGGAGUGGAUAGUACAACGCACGCCGGAAGGCAAACCCGUGGCGGAUAAGUACAUACAUGCUGCGGUUUUGACCGCGUUGGGCUCUGCCGCUUACUCGACGUUUUUCAAUAUGAAAUACCUAUUGGGACCAUUCACUGUCGGCCUCAUCGUACCAGACGGUCCGCCUUUAGGAUCGGCAUUGGAAGCUAAGUACUACGAUUUGACAAAGAACGUGCUGAUACCGAUCUCUAUCGCAUUCAGCACGAUGAGAUGUGACGUGAUGAAGAUCGUUUAUGAGUUUAAUGACAUCAUUUACAAUAUGUUUUUAUUGGUUCUGACGCUAUUUAUCAAAAUGGCUGCUGGAAUUGCACCUUGCUUGUACUGCAAGUUACCGCUAAAGGAGGCUUUCGCCGUUUCCAUCCUCUUAUGCUGCAAGAGUUUCCCCGAAAUAUUUCUCUACGAGUCCACAUUUGACGAUUCGUAUAUAUCACAGGCAACGUACACGUUCUUGGUGGUUUAUGCACUACUAAACUCUGCGAUAGUUCCCGCAGUCUUGCCUAGUUUAUACGAUCCAAAGCGGAAGUACAUAGGCCACCGAAAAAGAAACAUCUUUAGUUUGAAACCAGACUCAGAUCUUCGGAUCCUGACUUGUGUCCACAGACCUGAAAACAUCACUGGAGACAUUGCACUUCUCCAGUUAUUUUCCUCCCCUAUCAUGGUAACCAUCCUACACCUCGUGAAGCUCGUGGGUAAGAUCAUCCCUGUCACGAUCACACACAACAUGAAAUCAAACAACCAGAUGAAUAACUCUUACAUCCACACGGCAAACCUUGCCUUCAGCGAGUUGGAUUCAGUGACCACGACAAUGUUCACCGUCAUGACACAUGAGAAUUUGAUGCACGAUGAAAUAUGUACACUCGCGCUCGAUCAGAUCACGUCGAUGAUCAUCGUCCCAUCAGGGAGGAAAUGGACCGUAGAAGGAGCGUUUGAGUCAGAUGACGAGGCUAUAAGGCGUCUCAACGUGUCAUUACUCGAGCAUGCGCCAUGUUCUGUUGGGAUACUAGUGGACCGUGGAUAUAGAGGUACGAGAAAGUACGAGGUAGAUGUUGGUGUGAUCUUUAUUGGAGGAAAAGACGAUAGAGAGGCACUCUCUUUGGUUAAGAGGAUGAAGCUUAACCCUAGGGUUAAUUUAAGUGUGAUCCGUUUGGUCUCUAAUCAAGAAACAGAGACGAUGAAUUGGGAACACGUUCUUGAUCACGAGGUCUUAGAGGAUCUGAAAGAUACACGUGGCACUAAUUGUGUUGCGUAUACGGAGACGACUUUCACGGAUGGUCCUGAAGUAGCAAACACUAUCCGAUUGCUCUCUAAGGGUUUUGAUCUAAUGGUGGUUGGGAGAAAUCAUGGCUUGGCAAGACCUGACUUCUCAGGAGUGACAGAGUGGAUUGAACUAUCGGAGUUAGGUGUCAUCGGAGAUUUGCUAGCUGCUAGAGAACUCAAAUCUAGGGUUUCUGUUUUGGUAGUUCAACAACAACAGACGUGA